UAAGUACUAAGACUUGCCUGUGAUGUCGUCUCUGCAUGUAGUACUAAUGAGGUGCUCCUUCAGAUUGACCAAGUCAUUGGCCACAGGUCCCUGGUCACUUAUACUCAUUCUCUUUUCUGUACAAUGUGUAUAUGGGAGUGGAAAGAAAUACGUUGGUCCUUGUGGAGGAAGAGAUUGCUCUGUUUGCCACUGCGUUCCUGAAAAGGGGUCUCGGGGUCCACCAGGACCACCAGGGCCACAGGGUCCAAUUGGGCCCCUGGGAGCCCCAGGACCCACUGGGCUUUCAGGAGAGAAAGGAAUGAGAGGGGACCGUGGCCCUCCUGGAACAGCAGGGGACAGAGGAGAUAAGGGUCCAACUGGUGUUCCUGGAUUUUCAGGUUUAGAUGGCAUACCUGGGCACCCAGGGUCUCCUGGACCCAGAGGCAAACCUGGUAAGUGUGGCUACAAUGGCUCAAGAGGUGACCCAGGGUUUCCAGGAGGAAGAGGAGCUCUUGGUCCAGGAGGCCCCCCAGGCCAUCCUGGGGAAAAGGGAGAAAAAGGAAAUUCAGUGUUCAUUUUAGGUGCCAUUAAAGGUAUUCAGGGAGACAGAGGCGACCCAGGACUGCCUGGCUUACCAGGAUCUUGGGGUGCAGGAGGACCGGCAGGCCCCACAGGAUAUCCUGGAGAGCCAGGGUUAGUGGGACCUCCAGGCCAACCAGGGCUUCCAGGUUUGAAGGGAAAUCCCGGUGUGGGAGUAAAGGGGCAAAUGGGAGACCCGGGUGAGGUUGGUCAGCAAGGUUCUCCUGGACCCACCCUGUUGGUAGAGCCACCUGACUUUUGUCUCUAUAAAGGAGAAAAGGGUAUAAAAGGAAUUCCUGGAACAAUUGGACUGCCAGGACCACCAGGACGCAAGGGAGAAUCUGGUAUUGGGGCAAAAGGAGAAAAAGGCAUUCCUGGAUUUCCAGGGCCUUGGGGGGAUCCUGGUUCCUAUGGAUCUCCAGGUUUCCCAGGAUUAAAGGGAGAACUAGGACUGGUUGGAGAUCCUGGUCUACCUGGAUUUCUUGGCCCAAAGGGGGAUCCUGGAGACCGAGGGCACCCAGGACCACCAGGUGUUUUGGUGACUCCACCUCUUCCACUCAAAGGCCAACCAGGGGACCCAGGAUUCCCUGGCCGCUAUGGAGAAACAGGGGAUGUUGGACCACCUGGUCCCCCAGGUCUCUUGGGCAGACCAGGGGAAGCCUGUGCAGGCAUGAUAGGACCCCCUGGGCCACAAGGAUUUCCUGGUCUUCCUGGGCUUCCAGGAGAAGCUGGUAUUCCUGGGAGACCUGAUUCUGCUCCAGGAAAACCAGGGAAGCCAGGAUCACCUGGCUUGCCUGGAGCACCAGGCCUGCAGGGCCUCCCAGGAUCAAGUGUGACAUACUGUAGCGUUGGGAACCCUGGACCGCAAGGAAUAAAAGGCAAAGUGGGUCCCCCAGGAGGAAGAGGCUCAAAAGGAGAAAAAGGAAAUGAAGGACUCUGUGCCUGUGAGCCUGGUCCCAUGGGCCCCCCUGGACCUCCAGGACUUCCUGGGAGGCAGGGGAGUAAGGGAGACUUGGGGCUUCCUGGCUGGCUUGGAAUAAAAGGUGACCCAGGACCUCCUGGUGCUGAAGGACCUCCAGGGCCACCAGGAAAGCCUGGUGCCUCCGGACCACCCGGCAACAAAGGGGCGAAGGGUGACGUGGUCAUAUCAAGAGUUAAAGGGCACAAAGGAGAAAGAGGUCCUGAUGGGCCCCCAGGAUUUCCAGGGCAGCCAGGAUCACAUGGUCUGGAUGGACAUGCUGGAGAAAAAGGGGAUCCAGGACUCCCAGGGGAUCAUGAAGAUGCGAUUCCAGGUGAUAAAGGAUUUCCUGGCCCUCUGGGUCCCCCGGGCAAAGCAGGACCUGUGGGUCCCCCGGGACUGGGAUUUCCUGGUCCACCAGGAGAGCGAGGCCACCCAGGAGUUCCAGGCCGCCCAGGUGUGAGGGGCCCUGAUGGCUUGAAGGGUCAGAAAGGUGACACAGUUUCUUGCAACGUGACCUACCCUGGGAGGCAAGGCCCUCCAGGUUUUGACGGACCUCCAGGUCCAAAGGGAUUUCCAGGUCCCCAAGGUGCUCCUGGGCUGAGCGGUUCAGAUGGGCAUAAAGGCAGACCUGGCACACCAGGAACAUCGGAAAUACCAGGUCCCCCUGGUUUCCGUGGUGACAUAGGAGAUCCGGGUUUUGGAGGUGAAAAGGGGUCCUCCCCGGUUGGGCCCCCAGGCCCUCCUGGGUCACCAGGAGCGAAUGGUCAGAAAGGAAUCCCGGGAGACCCUGCAUUUGGUCACCUGGGACCCCCAGGAAGGAGGGGGCUUUCAGGAGUGCCAGGGAUAAAAGGACCCAGAGGUGAUCCGGGAUAUCCAGGGGCUGAAGGGCCAGCUGGCAUUCCUGGAUUCCCAGGUCUCAAAGGUCCCAAAGGCAGAGAGGGCCAUGCUGGGUUUCCAGGUGUCCCAGGUCCACCUGGCCAUUCCUGUGAAAGAGGUGCUCCAGGAAUACCAGGGCAACCGGGACUCCCUGGGUAUCCAGGUAGCCCAGGUGAUCCAGGUGGGAAAGGACAGCCAGGAGAUGUGGGGCCUCCUGGACCAGCUGGAAUGAAAGGUCUCCCUGGACUCCCAGGACGGCCUGGGGCACAUGGUCCCCCGGGCCUCCCAGGAAUCCCAGGUCCCUUUGGGGAUGAUGGGCUACCUGGUCCUCCAGGUCCAAAAGGCCCUCGGGGGCUGCCUGGUUUCCCAGGUUUUCCCGGAGAAAGAGGAAAGCCUGGUGCAGAGGGAUGUCCUGGCACAAAGGGAGAACCCGGAGAGAAGGGCACAUCUGGCUUUCCCGGAGACCGGGGAGUGAGAGGGACCAAAGGAGCCAUAGGACCUCCCGGAGAUGAAGGAGAAAUGGCUAUCAUUUCCAAAAAGGGAAAACCCGGGGAACCUGGACCUCCUGGAGAUGAUGGAUUCCCAGGAGAAAGAGGUGAUAAAGGAACUCCCGGGAUGCAAGGGAGAAGAGGAGAGCCGGGAAGAUACGGACCACCUGGAUUUCACAGAGGGGAACCUGGUGAGAAAGGUCAGCCAGGGCCUCCUGGACACCCAGGCCCUCCAGGCUCAACUGGUCUAAGAGGGUUCAUUGGUUUUCCAGGACUUCCAGGUGACCAGGGUGAGCCAGGUUCUCCAGGUCCCCCUGGAUUUUCAGGAAUCGAUGGAGCAAGAGGACCUAAAGGAAACAAAGGUGACCCUGCCAGUCACUUUGGUCCACCUGGUCCAAAGGGUGAGCGAGGUAGCUCUGGAUGUCCAGGGCAUUUUGGAGCAUCCGGAGACCAGGGCUUGCCUGGCGUUCAAGGACCCAGAGGAUCACCCGGAAGGCCUGGACCACCUGGCUCCUCUGGACCACCAGGGUGCCCAGGUGAUCCGGGGAUGCCUGGGCUGAGGGGACAGCCAGGAGAAAUGGGAGACCCUGGGCCAAGAGGCCUCCAGGGGGAUCCAGGGAUACCAGGUCCUCCAGGAAUAAAAGGUCCCUCCGGAUCACCUGGCCUGAACGGCUUACAUGGAUUGAAGGGUCAGAAAGGAACCAAAGGUGCUUCAGGUUUGCAUGAUAUGGGGCCACCUGGUCCAGUGGGAAUGCCUGGGCUAAAAGGGGAGAGAGGAGAUCCUGGGAGCCCAGGAAUCUCUCCUCCAGGUCCUUGUGGAGAAAAAGGUCUCCCAGGUUCCCCAGGGAGAUCAGGACCACCUGGUCCUGCAGGUGCCACAGGAAGAGUGCCUAAGGACAUUCCUGAACCGGGUCCAUCUGGAGAUCAGGGACCUCCUGGUCCCGAUGGCCCAAGAGGAGCACCUGGGCCUCCAGGCCUCCCUGGGACUGUUGACCUCCUGAGAGGGGAGCCAGGUGACUGUGGUCUACCAGGGCCACCAGGUCUCCCCGGCCCACCAGGCCCUCCAGGAUACAAAGGCUUUCCAGGAUGUGAUGGAAAAGAUGGCCAGAAAGGACCAAUGGGAUUCCCAGGGCCGCAGGGACCACAUGGAUUUCCUGGGCCACCUGGAGAGAAGGGUUUACCUGGACCUCCAGGGAGAAGAGGGCCCACUGGUCUUCCAGGUCCCAGAGGUGAACCGGGGCCACCUGCAGAUGCGGAUGACUGUCCCCGAAUCCCAGGGCUUCCUGGGGUGCCAGGCCUGAGAGGACCAGAAGGAGCCAUGGGACUCCCUGGAAUGAGAGGCCCGCCAGGACCGGGGUGCAAAGGCGAGCCUGGGCUGGACGGCAGGAGGGGUAUGGAUGGCAUUCCUGGGUCUCCUGGGCCUCCCGGACGUAAAGGUGACACAGGAGAAGACGGCUAUCCCGGAGGACCAGGGCCUCCUGGUCCCACUGGGGAUCCUGGGCCCAAAGGGUUUGGUGCUGGAUACCUCAGUGGCUUCCUACUGGUUCUCCACAGUCAGACAGACCAGGAGCCCACCUGCCCCCUGGGCAUGCCCAGGCUCUGGACUGGGUAUAGUCUCUUAUACCUGGAAGGGCAAGAGAAAGCUCACAAUCAAGACCUUGGUCUGGCAGGGUCUUGCCUUCCCGUGUUUAGCACGCUGCCCUUUGCCUACUGCAACAUCCACCAGGUGUGCCACUAUGCCCAGAGAAACGACAGAUCCUACUGGCUGGCCAGCGCUGCACCCCUCCCCAUGAUGCCACUCUCUGAAGAGGCGAUCCGCCCCUAUGUCAGCCGCUGUGCGGUAUGCGAGGCCCCGGCCCAGGCGGUGGCGGUGCACAGCCAGGACCAGUCCAUCCCCCCAUGUCCGCAGACCUGGAGGAGCCUCUGGAUCGGGUAUUCAUUCCUGAUGCACACAGGAGCUGGGGACCAAGGAGGAGGGCAGGCCCUCAUGUCACCCGGCAGCUGCCUGGAAGAUUUCAGAGCAGCACCAUUCCUUGAAUGCCAAGGCCGGCAGGGAACUUGCCACUUUUUUGCAAAUGAGUAUAGCUUCUGGCUGACAACAGUGAAAGCAGACUUGCAGUUUUCCCCUGCUCCAGCACCAGACACCUUAAAAGAAAGCCAGGCCCAACGCCAGAAAAUCAGCCGGUGCCAGGUCUGUGUGAAGUAUAGCUAGAGAAUGCGAAAUUCACUAACACGUGGCCAACAGAAACUUCCUAGGGGGCUAAGACUUCCUAGACCGUGCUAAGAGACGUCAUGGUGCUCAUUUUGGACUCUCUAUCAGUAGUUCCUUCUUUUUUGUCGUGGUUAUUCCCAGAGUCCUCUGGUUCCUUUACACAUUAAGCAAAUGCUGCAUGGAUGGAUCUGUUUGACCUCCCAGUCUAGAUGGAACCUAGAUACUCUUAUUUUACUGAGGAUGACUGAAGAACUGGCUUUAUUUAAACAUAUGCUAAUUCUCAGAAAGGCAAGUAGAUGAUAAAGGCCAGAUUACAAAUUACAUUACUGAAAACUUCAUUUGUGGGUGAACAGUGUCUCAAACAAUAGAAGUCAAUUACUGUAUAAUACAGUGGGCUUCUGGAUGGAUUUUACAGGAAAAAAUAAACAGGUCAAUGAAUGAAACUAGAAAGCAGAGAUUUUCAACAUUUCAGAAUGAUUUCCUCUGUAAUCUAUUUUUCCAUAUACUUUAAAUCAUGGUAAAACCACGACCCAAAGUGAUUUUUUUUUUUUUUUUAAAGAGGAAAAAAAAAAUUCACACUGCCAGCAUUAACAGUUCGUUUCAAAGGAGAAUGAAUCAUGAUGCCAGAAAGGCCCACAGUCGCCGUAUUCCAGAGAUGCGACAUUAGCAUAAACACAUCACAGAUGAAUAUAAAACAUUAUGUUCUCUUCUGCAUUUUUCAGAGAAUAGAAAUGCCUACUUUGGCAACCCUUUUGAAAAGUAGCAAUUAUGGAAAAAAAUAUAUUCAAUAAGAGAUUAGGAGCCUAAAAGCUAUUAGUGAAUAUUAAGGUAGUUAUUCACAAAAAUGGACUCCCCAUUGCAGGGAACUUUCAGACAGACCACUUUUCCCCAGUCGGGGUCCGGCGUGUCACCGGUGUGUGCAUGCUAAUGGGACUGGCGCUACAUGGGGCUUACUCAGGCAGGCACACGCUUCAUACAAAGCAUCUCACUCCCCUCCCCAGGAGAGCCUGCACAGCUUCUUGCACUCACAACGGACACUUUUCUCCACACACAUAAUGGCAGCUCACUCGGGGACGUGACAGAGCUAUCAUUAUGCACUUGGGAGAAAAUUAAGGGCCGACAUAAUUAAACUUAAGUAAGAAGAUUCAUUUAAGUCAGGGUUACCCCACCAGGAGGACAUGGCAUUAUCUUUAAACGAAACAAAGACGAUUUAUAAUUUGAAUUUUAUGCUCCUGUGGUUGGCUGUUACAGGAGCAUCCCAUUUUGCCAAUUUUAAAGACAUUCUUGUAUUUUAUAUCAGUCUCAUACCAAGGCAACAGUUUGACAUUUGGCAUUAGUAUUUUCUAUAAAAGUUUAGAAUGUGUGUCAAUUUACACCGAGUAUUUUUUUCUGUAAAGCAAAAGAUCCCUUUUUCUAUUUUGCUAGGAAUUUGGUGAUCUAAUCCUACAUUUAAAAGAUUUGUUGGGAAAAAAUUUUUCAGAAACUCACCUUCCUCAUCUAAAAGAAAAAGGCAUUUUAGAAAAAACUAAAGAAAUGUCUCAUGAGCACGACACUCAUUUCAGUGCUUAGUUUCCAUGCACUUAAAAAUCUUAAUUGAGAAGAAAAACUCAAUUAAAAUUUUGUUUAUAAGAAAUGUUUUCCUUGCCAAACUUUGAUUUGGAACGAACUCUUAUAUGCAGAACAAAUUUCAAAUGAGUUAUGCUAUGGGCUGUCCCCGGGGUGGCAAUUUAUUUUAAGAGUAUUUUCUGGUAAAAAGAAAAAUGUGUAUUUUAAGAUGAAAUAUUUUCUUGAUGUAGCAAAAUAUUUCCCAGUUCAUUUGGCCCAUUUAAUAUUUUUUAAACCAUGCUCUGGCAUGUUGAAUAUUUUUGUGCACCUAAAAUUUGAGCCAAUUUCAAUCUUAUUUAUACUUACCUUUCUCCUUCCAAAAAAGCUGUAUCUAUUACCAAAAGUCAACUCUCCUAAAAGUUCAACUUGUUCAUCUUGAAGUUGGCCUGAGAACAUUUUCUGGGAAGAGGUAAGGGUGGCAAACGGAACAUCAGAAACAUAUCUUGCUUGUUUAAUUAUUUUAAACACUUUAAUGUUAGUAUUAGAAUAUUAUCUUCAUAAGUUAAUAAAUAAGUUAAAAAAAAAAAAAAGAACCCACACAAACACAGCCUAAAUUAUGUAGACAGUUUACUCCAAGUGAGCUUGGGAAGGUAUCAGACCGUUCAAAAUGUUAGUAUUACAAGAGCUGUCUCUAAAUGCAGCAUUAAUGCUGCCCUCUAAUUUUGCAAAAUAAUUUUAAAGGAUCAAAAGGGCAGAAAAAUAGGAAAAAUAACUUAUUGGAAUAGAAGAUCCUAUUAUCUUAAACCAUUAUUUUCUUCACCUGGUUAUAUAUCAAUGUGCCUUCAAUUAGUCUUUCUCUGUGGAGGUGAUGGACAAAGCUUUUAAGUUGUUCUCCUAACCCAUUAUUGGAGAUGAUCCUUAUCAAACCCUCCUCUCCCUGUCUCCCCACCAACCUUGUAGACUGGAACGUGUCUAGAUUGCCCUCAUGGGAACUGUUCUGUGCCCGUGCUGGAAAUCUGGGAUGCUUACUUCUGGGUUCUGAUUCUCAGUGAGUGGAGCCCAUUCAUCCAGGCAGGUUUCCAUGCUAUGUGUGGCCCUUUUGUUCUGCUCUCACACUCCCCACAUUGAAAGCUGAGUCAUGGCUACUUUGGAUGGCUACCUCCUCUUUAGCCCCAUGCCUGUCUCACACAGCCUUUGUCUUUCACCUCCACCCUUUCAGUAGGCAUCUCCCACCUGGUGCUUUAGUUUCAAAUCCCAGUUGCCAUCUAAGAUCCACCCAAACUUGAUUUUGUCACCCUCUGGAUUAGAAUCCUUCUAUGACUCCACUGCCCAUGAAGUCCAAAUGACUUCCUAUGGGGUGAAAGGUCCACUGGGGACUGUUCGAGGGUUCCCUCUAGGAGUGAUUCCUGUCACGAUGAACUGUGUGCAGCUCUACAGACACUCCCAGCACUUCUUCGACUUGGCUCCUGCUUCACCAGUGGUGUCCUCCCGGGGGUCAGUUUACCCUGUGUGGGAGGUGAAUUCCCUGGGGGAAAUUUGGGCUCCCUUCUGCUGCUCUUGUGCAGUGCACGUGGCUGUCCUCAUUUUCUCCGUUCCCCAUUGCUUCUUUAGCAUCUCAGUGUACUUCCUUCAUUCCAUUGCCAAAAUGCAAGCCCCUUGAGGGCAGGGACCAUGCUUGACUCGUUUUGAUAUGCCCAAUGCCUAGCACAGAGUUGAACACACUGCUGCCAAUUCUUUUUUUCAAUGACAAUUCCUUAAACUCAUUAGGCAUUAGGUGUUCACCUCUGCAUAUAAGGCCUUCAUCAGCAAGAUGGUUACAAGUAUAAACCAUUUCCUACUUCAGAAUAUUUUAAUGUUCAACUUAUCUGUAUACCCACAUUCUCUUGUUACAAUUAUUGCCAGAAAGCCAAAUGAUAAGCUUUCAAUGGGCUUACCACACCCCUCCAAAAACAGAUUUUUGUUUUUUCUAUAAACGGAAAUUUCAGACAUGAGAUUUGAGAGAUUUGACUGAGAAGACCCCACAGUAAAAUGUGACAUGAUUUACCUUAUGCUGUAAUUUGUAUUUCCUCAGGAUUUAAGAGCUUCCUAGCAUAAAAUCUUUGCUAAACGUCUGUAUACAUGUUAUUGGUGCUCCGAAAAAUAGUCAAUGGAAUGGUGUACUACAACUGGGCUUUAUCAUCUUAUUCUGAACCUCGUGUAGAUUAUAGUAAAGCAAACCAUUCAGUGUGUUCCAGGAAAUUAUAUUAGAUCUGUGUUUCUAUCAGUUCACUGGAAUAAUGUGAUAACUGUUACUUUUACUUGGUAUGGCUGCAAGAACAGUGGAAAGAGGAGGACUUGAGAGUUGGUCAAACCCGGGUUUGAAAUCUGGCUUAGUCAUUUUUCAGCUGUUACCCUGGGUGAGUUUUGCCAACUUUCUUAGCUUCAUUUCCCUCAUUAAUACGGUGGGACAUAACAGCUACUCUUGCAUUGAAAAUUAGGUUAGAUUACCUGUCUAGCAUAGCUGUCAUCAUACACUUAAUGAUGGUCACAUUUUGUAUUUAAAAUAAACUAAUAUGAAAAAUAUUUCUUGUUUUUAUUUUACACAGAAUUAUUCUCACAGGGUAUAUAAAUUACUGAUUAGAAUUAUUUAUAUGUGGCCAAUUCUUAAUGUCAUUGGGAAUGCUGUUUCAUUUCAAUCCUCAAAGUUACUGCAGCACAGAAAAUAUCACAAUUUCCUGCAGGGAUAUUAUCAGUAAGUCCUGCAGGGAACAAACAAUUGACAUUAAAAAUCAGUACUCUGCAAUUGUCACUGUUAUUAUCUGCCAGAAACUCUGCAUAAUGCAUUUUAAACCACCAAGGCUGGCUGCCACAUCCAUGUGAAAUGCUUGAAUUUUAUGGUGCUUAAAUAUUUAAUGAUUCAUGGGAAAAAUGUGAAAUGUGUCUAAUAAAUUGCAUCCCUUUCUCUAACCUCUGGUUGUAAAGUUAAAGACUUUUAGCAUGUAACUUUUGCAAGAUGCCUGGUCUGCCAUUGGCACUUAAAUCUUUGUUGUAUUACGAUUUAUAACAUGGUUCAUUAUAUAUAAAAUUCUGUGAUGACUUCCAAAAACAA